CAUUACAAGCAGGAUGAUAUGGCGAGGUAGUGAGUUGAUUGAUGCUCAGUAACUGUGCCACUUCUUUCAUGCAGUCCGAUGUAAAAGUGAGAGUAGUAUAUAGACUGCCAUUUCUGGAACACCUCUGUAAGGCUUCUAGGAAGCCAAUACUUCUUGCACGUCCCAUGUCUGUAAGGAUUCUAAGAAGGUAAUACUGUUGCACGAGUGGUCCAGCUUUUCCCCCAUCUAUUUGAUUGGUCCACCCCCUAUCUCCCAUUUGUGAGUCUAAGGUAUGUAUAUAUCUUGUCUAUCUAGUAUCUUCCCAUUGUUGAGGGUGCUCACCUUACUCGGCGCCCCGAGACGCAUGAAGACAAGCGCAGGCUAAGUGAUAAAGGAAACUCUACCAUCAAUCUAGAAGAGAUAUUUUUUAUAAUGUGUUUUGGUGUGUUGUAUGUUGAUUUGGGAAAUGUCAUCCCUGGCAUACACCAAGGUUUCUCGUACAGCUCCUCUUUUGUCUUUUUUUCCUCCUUGGGUUUAUACGAUAUUUCCUCCACCUCCAUAUCUUUGUGGGGAGGUCUCAGAACAUGCAAUGGCGAGUCGAUUGCCUCAUCACCGAUUCUAUCAUGCUCACGUAGUUCUAAGAGUUAUUUUAACAUCUUCGAUGUCAGAACACUCAAUGCAUAGUCGAGUGCUGUACCACUGAUAUGCUUCUGGUUGUAUAAUUGUAAGAAGUACACGAGCUUCUUUGUGGUGGAUUCAAAAUGUGCAAUGCACUAUCGUUCUUUUCACUUAUCUGACCCCUAUUCCUCUGUGGCUUGCCCAAAGGGGUCGGAUAAUCGAGGGUCUACUGUAUAAGAAACAGGAGGCAAAUACAUACUGUCACUGUAUAUAGUGCAAUUGGAAAGUCAAUGCUGAUUGAGGGUUGGACCGAUACACACACACUGUCUUCUCACUUCCUCCGCAGACAAACAGUUGUUAUCGGAACCAAACUAAGAAGAGGCCAUUUUAACAAGUGUGACUGGAUGAUAGAAAAUGGCCUAGUUUGAUGAGGAAAUGUCCUUAUAUUCUGUUCAGUCAGCUUGCAUCAGGGUGUCUGUAGCUAAUUAUUGGUCAUGUUGUUAGAAUUUUUGGCUAGAGAAUGUUCUAGCACUCAGGCUAGAAAUGAACUUUUGUUAGCUGUAACUGCUGCUAAUCCAUUUAAUUGCUGACUGAAAGUGUGAUACAGAAGCUGCUCUUUAAAGGAUGAAUGAGCAGCACCACCAGGAAAGAUGAAUGAAUUCUACUCAGCACUGUAGUUGGAGAUGCUUUUUAGAUUUUCCUUGCACUGAUUGAGCCACAACAACAAACAACAGAGUAAACUCUCCAACUGGUGUGCUUCUAGCAAGUAACAAAUGAUAUCAUCAUAAUAAGUCUACUUGUGUUGAAAAGUGCCUUGUCACACAAUAAAGCCAAGAGGUUGUUUGCACACAGAAGUAGUAAUGAAGCUAGGACAAGCAGAGAUCUUCUAAUGUCUUGUCACUGUAGUGUAGUUGUCAAAUUAGAUCACGAUGUGCUACAAAAAUGUCAGUUGGAUUUUAUAGCAUCUGUUUUGUUGAGAAUUAUGUGUUUCAGGUAAGAUUCAACAGUAUAUUGGCCAUCUAUGGCAUUACUGUGACUUACAUUUGACGAGUGAGAAUAAUGACAAUUUUUCUUUGUGGUCCAGUUUCUGAAAGAUACAUUUCAAUUGUUGCUUGUAUCAAAAUUAAUAUUUGUUUUCAUACUGAAUCUAGAGACUUGAAUGUGUUCAUGCUCAGCAAAGUGGUCACUUGCUACAUGCAUUUACUGCAGAAAGUCCUAUGUACUUGAAACUGCAAAGUCAUUUGAAAACUGCUGGCUGCUUCUAUCAUCACUUAAUUGUUCGUUUAGAGAGGGAAUUCUCUGUUGAUCUAAAAGGGGUGGUAUUAUUCUCAAGGUCGAAUCAAAGCAGCAGUCAGGUGCAAGAUUAUGUCCAAGAGGAUGAUGAAAUCAGAGAAUGGGCUUUGUCAGCAUGUCACAGGUGCUUUGUCUAUCUCGGUGACCUGGCACGAUAUCAGUUAGAAUUUGAAGGUGGAACAACACAAGUGGCAAAGGGAUAUUACAAGCAAGCUAUUUGCUUAGAACCAAGUGUUGGUUUGCCUCAUAAUCAGCUUGCUUUAUUGUCAGGAAAUGCAAAUCAAGAAACAGAUGCAGCAUUCCAUUACUUGAUGUGUCUUGCAAGUCGUGUUCCUUUUGCUGGUGCCGACCAUAAUUUAAAACGACUCUUUGAAAGAAACAGUAAUCGACUGAAACAUCUCGAUCAGGAAUAUUGUGGAGAAGCAAAAGAAACAGACAUACAUGGUGUUGUUCUAAGAAAGUUUCUUGUUCGCUUUCUGGACUUGCAGAGAAAACUGCUGCCUCCUUGCAGGACUUCUCAGGAAGAACUUAGUGCUCAAUGUGAGAACAUUCUACAUGAUUUUAUUGAAAGUCUUGCAUUCAAGCUUCAUCAAAUGGACUACUCUAAUUCAGAAACAAGAGAUGAAAAUGCAGACACUUGUUUGUCGGGUGGACUGAUGCUCAAGAUUGUGGCUUUAUCAAUGCUAGCAUCUCACAAACUGAGAUUACAGGGCUCAGCCUCUACUCCAGCAGCUACUUCAUUUGCUCUAUCUUUGUAUAGUCAGCUGUUACAGCACUGCACCCAGUCAAUUAAUUCUUGGAAAAUACUGUUUCAGCAGGGCCAUGCGCCUCACAAUGCAACAUCUUUGCCUUGUGAAGAUGAUUUCAGAAGGAACAAUAAAAGCAAACAAAAUGUAUCAUUAGAAGACAAGUGUGAUAGUGAAGAAACUGCAGGAAAAGAAGAACCAAGUAAAAGGGCAAGACCAGUGGGUAGAAGACGUCGACGUGUGGUAGGAGAGAGUGACAGUGAUGAAGAAGUUGAAGAAGCUGACAAUAUAGAGGAACUUAGUGAAGAUGAUCUCAGUGAGGGAGGAGGUGAUUUUGACAGUGACGGUCUUUCACCUGAAUUGAGUGACAUAAGUGAUGGUGAAGAAAGCUCAAGCACACCAAAAGAUGCACUAGGUAAGUGUGAAGAGCAGAAAACGUCGUUCAAGCGACCUCUUGCUAUUCGUUUUCCGGGAAUGCCUUCUUUACAAGUCUCAUGUGAAGAAAGCGAGAGUAACGUUCAAAGAACAGUAAACAAAAGAGAAACAGUAGAUGAGGCUAAUUGUCAGGGAAUAGGCGAUUUGGGUGCCAAGGGAAGUAUAAUUGAGGAAAGCAACUCAGAGCCUGAACUGGAACUUUCAACAGCUGCUUUCCUUCGUUGGUUGUGCUCUCAUCCUUUCUUACCAUCAAUAAAAAUUAUCUUUGAUUGGUUGAGGAUUCAUCCAGCAAUUGCUGCUUCUUGCACACAGACGUUAUCCUCUUUCUGGUCUCGCACAGCUGAAUUGCUGAAUAGUUUGCCACCUGAGGAGUGUUUACGUUUGGCAGGCAUGACAGGAUUUGGCAACAGAAGUGAGUGGAAGCAAGUGGACCUUCUUCCUGAAGACUAUGAGUUACUUGGAUUUUCUCCGCUUUCUCGUGCAUUGGAUUUGUUGCAAUUGAAUCGAGACAAGAAUUUUAACACAGAUGGAUGGAUGGGUCUUAUCAGACUUCAAUGUUUGUUGAGUUUUGGAACUUUUAUUGCUGACUCCAAGACUGUUAAUGUGCUACAUUACAAUGAAUCAUCUUGCCAGUAUAUUGGACCGUCACAAAGAGCUGAACAGGAGGCAGCAGUGGCUGCUGAGAUUUCAAGAAAGAAAGAGGAAAAGGACAAGCUACAACGAGAAAAGUUGAUGAAAGCCCUAGCUGAGCAGAAAUUGAAGAGUGAUGUUGCCUCUAUGGAACAAAGCUUAACACAAGCAGUUGUGUCUGCUUCUCCUAUUCUUGUUGUUGAUGCUCAAUGUUUGUGUACUCAUCUUCACUUUAUCAGGCAGUUUGUUGCUAGUGAGAAGUUUAUUGUUGUUAUCCCAUUUCAUGUAAUUGAAGCUCUUGAUGAGUUGAAGAAAGGCAAAGAAAAUCACACUGCUAGGGAUGCUAUUAAGUUUCUUGAGCAGCAACUCAAAACAGGCAACAGAUGGAUUCGAGCACAACAAGCACAAGAGACAGUUGAUGGCAAAGCAGACAACAUACCACCACGAUACAAGAAGAAAGACAUUGCAGCCUGGCGUUUUACGCGUGUUGUGGACUGUGCUCAUUAUUUCUCUCAACAAGCUGGUGGCAAUAUGGUUACUCUGCUUUACAGUGCUUCCCACACUGCUGUUGUCCCACCACCUCAGACUGUCACAUCACAAGAGGGUCUUAUGCCAAAUACAGGCACCAGACCAUCAGAAACAGCACUGGCAAUUGCAAACAAACAUGGAGUUGUUGUCGAAGAAGUAAAAAAGUUUCAUGCAAAAUGGGUGGCCAAGAAAAGGAAUUAAUUAAGUUACUGUUGUGAUCAAUUGAAAGUAGA